GCAACGUGCGCUACAGCCUCUCUCUAAUUCCGCUGAAAAUCAGAGCCACUAGCCGAGUGAAAAACAAAGCGCGUGCAAAAAGCUGCCAACUAUUUCAAGGGAAUUUUUACGACAAGCAAUAAUUAAAUACAUAAAUAAUAGCAAAUAAUUAAGAGUUGUGUUGUGUCUACAUAUAUAGCGAAAAUAAUAAUCCCGAUUACAAUGUUAAAUGUGGAAACUUUGGGCACGCAACUGAAACUGAGGCAGCGACGUCGGCGUCGCAGUUCGCAUUGUGUAUAAUAAAAUUGGCGAAAGGCGAAAUGAAUUGAGCAGGGCAGUGGAUCGAAAGGAGGAGAGGCAGGAGGAGCAGCGGGCAGCAAGGAGCGGCAGGAUACGAUACUAGAAAGCAGAAAGCCGAAGAUGUGCGCGCACAAUACAAAAAAUUACAAAGCAUACUUUUGGGAGCGGCAAAUGGCCAAAAUCAACAGAAACAGCAAAAGCAACAGCAACACCAAAGCAGCGACGCCGCCAGUGGCAGAGCCAGCGACGCAGGCAGCAUCACUAAGCCCAACAACAAAAACAAAGCUAGUAACAACAGCAACAAGAACAACAACAACAACAGCGAUGUCACCGUUACAACGGAACGUUCACAAAUAAGCAAUAGGUUAGAGCAAGAGGGCACGAGAGCGCCAGGAGAGAGCGGUGAAAGCAAGAGCAAGAGAGGGCGAGAAGGAGAGAGCCCAAGUAAGGUCAGGGGAAAAAUGGCCAACGCCUUGCGUGGGUGCAGCCAAAAGGAUAAGCAUCAGAUGAGGGACAACUAAACGACGAGCAGUACGCAGAGAGAGCAAGCAAGAGAGAGAGAUUGGGAACGAGAGAGGUAGAGAUUCGUAAUCCUUACAGCUGCAAAGCAGAUAAAAUCACGUAUCCGCCAUGGAGCCGGUGAUGAGUCUGGCAUUGGCCGCCCAUGGACCGCCCAACAUACUAGAGCCGCUGUUUAAAACCGUAACCACGAGCACAACGACCACCACGACCACGACAACCAGCACGACGACGACGACGAGUAGUCCUUCAGGAUACUCACCGGGAUAUCCGGGCACCACCCUUCUGACAGCCUUGCUGGAAAACCUUACAUCUACGGCGGCUAGCGGGCUGUAUGAUCCCUAUUCGGGAAUAUACGGAAACCAGACGAAUGGCACAAUGGGUUUCGAGACGAAGGGACCCCGGUACUCACUGGCCUCCAUGGUGGUCAUGGGCUUCGUGGCGGCGAUUCUGAGCACGGUGACGGUGGCGGGCAAUGUCAUGGUGAUGAUAUCCUUUAAGAUCGACAAGCAGCUGCAGACGAUCAGCAACUACUUCCUGUUCUCACUGGCCAUCGCGGACUUUGCCAUCGGAGCGAUAUCGAUGCCGCUGUUUGCGGUUACCACUAUUUUGGGCUACUGGCCAUUGGGUCCUAUCGUUUGCGACACCUGGCUGGCUCUGGAUUACCUGGCGUCGAAUGCUUCAGUUCUCAACCUGCUGAUCAUCAGCUUCGAUCGCUAUUUCAGUGUCACACGCCCGCUGACAUAUCGGGCCAAGAGGACCACCAACCGGGCUGCCGUGAUGAUCGGCGCCGCCUGGGGGAUCAGCUUGCUCCUUUGGCCUCCCUGGAUUUACAGUUGGCCCUACAUCGAGGGUAAGCGUACGGUGCCCAAGGACGAGUGCUACAUCCAGUUCAUCGAGACCAAUCAGUACAUCACCUUCGGCACUGCACUGGCCGCCUUCUACUUCCCGGUCACCAUCAUGUGCUUCCUGUACUGGCGCAUCUGGCGUGAAACGAAAAAGCGCCAGAAGGACCUGCCCAAUUUGCAGGCGGGCAAGAAGGACUCCAGCAAGCGCUCGAACAGCAGUGACGAGAACACGGUGGUGAACCACGCGUCGGGCGGGCUGCUGGCCUUCGCCCAGAUGGGCGGCAAUGAUCACGACACCUGGCGACGACCGCGCUCCGAGAGUUCGGCGGAUGCGGAGAGUGUCUACAUGACCAAUAUGGUCAUCGACUCCGGAUACCAUGGGAUGCACUCGCGCAAGUCAAGCAUCAAAAGCACGAAUACAAUCAAAAAAUCGUACACCUGCUUCGGCAGCAUCAAGGAGUGGUGCAUCGCGUGGUGGCACUCCGGUCGCGAGGAUUCCGACGAUUUCGCCUACGAGCAGGAGGAGCCUUCUGAUUUAGGGUAUGCAACACCAGUAACAAUUGAAACUCCUUUACAAAGCUCCGUCUCCAGAUGCACCUCGAUGAACGUGAUGCGGGACAACUACUCGAUGGGCGGCAGUGUGAGCGGCGUCCGUCCGCCCAGCAUUCUCCUGUCGGAUGUCUCGCCCACGCCGCUGCCACGACCACCGCUCGCCUCCAUCUCGCAGCUGCAGGAAAUGAGUGCGGUUGCGGCGAAUCCAACUGCGAAUGCCAAUUCCAGCAGCAAUGGCAAUGGCGCCAUCAGCAACAACAACAACAUCAACAGCAACCACAAUGGCAAUGGCACGGUAAAUGGAAAUGGCGGCGGAAACGGAAGUGGAAUCGGCGGAAUGGGAGCAGCCGGAAAUGCGACGCACCGCGACUCACGCACACUGCCCGUGAUCAAUCGCAUUAACUCACGGUCGGUGAGCCAGGAUUCGGUGUACACGAUACUCAUUCGCUUGCCAUCCGAUGGGGCAUCUAGUAAUGCGGCCAAUGGCGGCGGCGGUGGAGCAGGUGCGGGAACAGGCGGUGGAGGUGGAGGCGGAGGAGCAGCUGCCUCAACGACCUUGAGCCUGCAAGGGGACUGUGCGCCCUCCAUCAAGAUGAUACACGAGGAUGGGCCAACGACGACCACAAAUGCAUCAGCACCACCAGUCGCCGCCGCCCGGCGACCCUUGCCGUCGCGAGAUUCCGAGUUCAGCUUGCCACUCGGAAGAAGGAUGUCCCAUGCCCAGCACGAUGCCAGGCUACUCAACGCCAAGGUUAUACCCAAGCAGCUUGGCAAGGGCGCCGGGGCAGUGGGUGGAGGAGUGGGCGGCGCUCAUGCCCUCAUGAAUGCCCGCAAUGCGGCCAAGAAGAAAAAGAAAUCGCAGGAAAAGCGGCAGGAGUCGAAGGCGGCGAAGACGCUGUCGGCCAUCCUGCUAAGCUUCAUCAUCACGUGGACUCCGUACAACAUCCUGGUGCUGAUCAAGCCGCUGACCACCUGCUCCGACUGCAUCCCCACGGAGCUGUGGGACUUCUUCUACGCCCUGUGCUACAUCAACUCCACGAUCAAUCCCAUGUGCUAUGCCCUGUGCAACGCCACCUUCCGGAGGACCUACGUCCGGAUCCUCACCUGCAAGUGGCACACCCGGAACCGCGAGGGCAUGGUGCGCGGCGUCUACAACUAGACAAUUAAUAUUUAAUCACCCAUCAACUGGCCAGAGAGUACCGGUGAACUACUAGUAGUUGCAAUAAGUGUUGUGUGCUACAAUUUUGGCAGGCAGUAAAACCAAAACUAGGCUUAGGAUUACCCAUUGACAAGCAGUACUGAUUUUUUGAUGUCUAGCCCCCGACUAUAUACACGCAUUACCACUCCGCGAGGGUUGCCCUACGAUUAUUUGCCAGAGCUGAGGACUUCCUAGUUAGUUUCCAAUGAGAUAGUAAGGUUUGUUCACUGAGGAUAUGGCUAAAGGGAAAAGUCAGGUUUCAGGAAUUUAUCUUUUCAAAGUUCAGCAUUUUGUUCUUGAUCUCAAAUCACUCAAAAGGUUAGAUAUCCCAUUCGAACUGCUUCCAAAUAUGCCAAAGAUCUCACUUAGGUGUCUUUAGAUUUAAUUCCCGAGGCAACCCUCCCCAGCACCUGGUCAACAAAGAGUUAUCACGAUGAUCAUGAUGAUCCCGGAAAGCGAGAGAUUCCAUUUUGUUAGGCGUUUACGUACAGUUAGGUAGGCACAUGCUCGAUGCUCGAUGCAACAAGAAUUUAAUACAAAUAUAAUGGAUUACGAUUUGCAAUUCAUGCAUACCUAUAUUUAAGGAUAUAUAUUUAUUAUUAUACACAUGGCAAAUGCAAAUGAGUUAGCUUAAGUUGUUGGCGAAAGGCAG